UGAUGCUAAUCUCGCAAAGUUCCACCUCUCUGAAUCCCUGAAGGAACGGAGAUGUGAAUCCGCUUUUUCUGUCAUUUUCUGUUGUUGCUCCGCUGCUGAUCCAACUCGAGAGACCCGAAAUGUCUCCAUGUGAGUCUCGUAUCACUUUUGACCCUCAUGUGAUGACAUCCUUUUCUAAUUUUCUCCUGUUUUCUAAUGAAAUAUUUUGAUUUGUUUCAGAUUUCUGUGCUGAAUCAUCUCUCAUCUGAAGCGGAGCUCGCAUGAAAAUACAGACUAAAAACAGCAGCAGGAACCUCUUUUAGCCUAACGAGUUUUUGAAGGUAUAUUGCGUAAGCUUAACCCGUAUUUUAUGUGAUUAAACACUCUUGAAGAAUGGCCUUCUUCGUGAAAAAGAAGAAAUUUAAGUUUCAGACCCAGCUGAUCCUGGAGGAGCUGACCGCUGUGCCUUUUGUCAACGGAGUUUUGUUCUGCAAGCUGCGGCUGCUGGAUGGAGACUUUGUCGCCACUUCUUCCAGGUAAACGAGCAGCAACAACAACAAGAACAACAACACAUUUAAACACCCUUUUAGACAUGCCAAACUUCUCAAAGAGACAUUCAAAAGUAUAUUUGCUGCAGUUUGAUCCCAUCCAUGACAGAUUUUCAAUGAGUAAAGGCCUUUUGAUACACUUUAUGAGCUCUGACUGCUUUAAUGGAACUAUACGAUGAAUUUAUUUACCUUUUUGUGUUGAAAGAGUCUUAAUUCUUUAGUCCUGGCACUAAUCGAAUACAUGUAGCUCCUAUUCUUGUUUGUAGUGUAUCUGUGAAUCGAAAUCGGGUGUUUUUGCAGGUUUUCUCGUGUUUUAGGGUUUUGCGUUGGUUUGUUUCUCAGCCCUCUAUAUCUGAAUGAUUAGUAACAUCUGUUUUUUGCUUAUGCAUCUUUGCAAAAUGAGCUAUAAAAUUACUGUUAUUGCUGAGUUGAAUCAGUAUUUCAUGUUUACAGCUCUGCUCUGGCUGUAAAAUGAAAGUCUAAUUUCCAGUGAGUCACAGUCAAUAAGAGGGUGUUGCCAUGUUAAGUGGCCCCUCUGUGUAUCAGCACUGGCACCUCAACUGGACACCCAGACUAAACACAACAAAAAAUCCCUUUCAAACCAGUCUGUACUGGUUAAAUGUAGUGUUUACCAGCUCUGAACCCACUUUAAAUAACUCACUCUUGAUUUAAACCUGUAGUUUUGUGGUUAAACAGAGGAGGAUUGAGGUGGUGAAGAUGUUUUUUAUCUUGUCACUCACAUCACAUGACUCCAAAUUAUAUCUGCACUUUGAAAAUACCAACAACAUUCAUCUCAUCUUCUCUUCUUGCUCUCUGAAUCACUGGGUGAGAUUUCAUGUCCUCAGACAUCUGUUCAACUCAUUUUAGACCCGUACUGAUUAUAGAUUUGAUGUUUUUGAAAAGUUUGAAUGAAAACAGACCCUCCUGUUUGUGCAUUAUGCACCAAUGUGACUGCCAAGUUGCUCAGAGAGCUGCUUCCUUAAGGAUAAACUUUAAAAAUAUUACACCGUUUUCCAUUGUGAGUUGGUUUUGGUGAAGAGCUGGGUCAGCUUAGUUAUGAUCCUCUGCUGCAGACAGUGUAGAGAGGAUAGCAAACUAUGGAGUCAAGAGCAUCAGCAAGAGAAAAACAGAUGAUGACAUUUCCAAAUUUCAGACAUGCUCUGAACUCCUAAAAACUUCUAGGUUUAAGUCCAGACUAUGUGCUGGUCUAAAUUUCCAAGGAGAAUAAAGUUCAUAUCAUGUGACUGGUGUGAUCUCCUCAGACCCCCUCCACUCUUGAAAGGGAAAACUGAACCUUUUUACUGACACAUGAAAAUAAGCAAUUUGGAAAAUGAUAGAGGGUCAUUUCCAAAAAUUUUCAGUAGUGCAUGUAUGAGAGAUGAGCUGUAUCUCUCACUGAGAGUAUGAGGAGCCUGAUCGAUAUUUCGAGCAUUGUUGGUGAUGUGAAAAACAUGCUGAAAGAUUCAUGACUUUAAAACCUCGAACACGAUCUCCCAAAACAUGACGGACAGUUUGUCCCUUCAUUGUACAAACUCAUGUGACUCAGCAGAUUUUGCUCUUGCAUGACAAGUUCAGGAGUUGGAAAUGUUUCCCUGCAAGUGCGCUUCAUCCUGCAAGAGAUAGACAAAGAGCAAACAGGACAGAAAACCUCUGUGCACAAAGAGCCUCUCUGUGCUCCGGCCCUCUUUCAGACUCUGACCCACUAAACUGCCCUCAUCUUGUAAAACAACAGGAGCCACUGGAUGAAGUGUUUAACUGGCAGAGACUCACUGAGCUGCUCUAACCCAUUUUUCAGAUGAAAGGAUGAAGCUCAUUUUACCGUCUGCGCUCAGUUUAGUGAAGGAUAAGACGUCUCAGCGUGUGUGGUAUCAAACGGGACUUAGUGGUUUGUGUUAAUGCAUCAUCAGACCCUCAUCAAACCUGUCUCCUUUCCUUUUUAUUGAGCCGUUUUCAAGAUCCGACCUCGUCUUCAGGCCCAUUAAAGUUUAACUCCCAGAGCGAACCACAGCGUACGUGGAAAACGUUUUCUCUGUGUCCUCAAUAAAAGUUCCUCUUCCUCUUUGAACGCCCUCGACCCCCCUACAGUCACGUAGCAUCCUCCUGAGCAGAGUGUGUGUUUGAGAGUCUCAGAGAGGGAAAGUAAACAUUGACACAUCCCUCUCAUCUUGAUCAGUUUGUCUUUUAUGUGGAUCUUUCAUUUUUCUUACCUUUCAUCCAUGAGGAAAAACAGCCCGGAGCAUUUCUGAAAGGAUGAGAUUAUCUCAUCUGUUAAGUGAAAUCUGCAGAGUUAAAGGACUGCACGUGUUAAAACCCAUAAAAAAGACUUUGAAUUAACAGUGAAGUCCAUAAAAAGUUCCAAACUAAGAACAAAUGCUGACAAAAGUUCCCAGAGAUUACAGCAGGAGCUGGAUUUAUUUAAUUUUCAGACCGUUUUCUGCGGCUUCAAUUAUUGCUUGGUUUGAAACCAGUUUGGACCGGUUUGGAUGUCAGAUGUACGUAGGCUGUAACCAGUUGAACUGACAUACAAUAACUUUACCAGAGCAAUGAGCAGUCAGCAGAAGCCUGUGGAUGUGAACCUGUUUGGAGGACUGAAGGCUGGUGGUUGUUGUUCUGCUGUGUUUAGUGGAGACAAAUGAAACCUGCUCUAUUUUGACUGUUUUCUGAGUGUUUUCUUACUUUUAGACCAGCUGGUUAAUUAAAAGACGAAUUAGUCACAUCAGAUGCAACAUAUGAGUGGCAUUGAGGCCCACAAAACCAAAAAUAUAAAUAUAUCAUUUAACCAGCCAGAAGUUCAGGAAGAUGUUUGUAUAGAAGUCUGUUUGUGAUGGCAGCGCUGAAACCAUGUGAGCAGUCGGUGAUAAGAUUGAACUGCCUGAUGAGCCUCAUUAGAUCAGAGGUUUGAAGUUUGAUUUUGGAAGUUAAGGUUUAUGUUUUGGUACAAAAACACGACGAAUCUUUGGCUCCAGCUCUGAUGUCCGAUUCCUUAUCCAGUGAAAACAUUUUCCUUGUCUCUAGAGGACAACAGCCUUGCAAAAUGAGCGAACCCAAACUCCCUCUCAGUUUGUGCCCUCAGCAGAGAGGAUGGUGAUGUCCAAGGCCUCUCAGAGGUCAUUCUCCUCUGAAGAGGUUAUAUAACAACCCCCCCCAGUGAUUAUCUCUGUGGCUGAAAACAAGGCUCUCUCAGAGGAGGAGGCGAUGGCGCGGGAGGCUCCCUGUGCACCGGACAGAGAUUAGGGUUAUGUCACGGAUCUGAUAGACCGGCUCUUUGUUCGGGGCCUCGCCUUGUUGUGGGUCAGGAACAGAAGGGAGAUUUAACAGCUACUGUACCCAGCGGACCACAUAAAAAAUCUCCCAAAGUCCCAGGAGAGGCUGGAGGGACGUCACAUGUUGAGUGACACGUGAGCGUCCAGCUCUCUCUCUGACAUGUCAGGACGACGUUUGUUUAUCUUUGCUGAUAUCUGCCAUCAGUGUCAUGACUUUUACUAUCAACGAACAGUCCACAGCUGCAGAAAACACUAGGAAAAACAACUUUCAUGCUUCAGCACUCUUUUUUUUCUUAGCAGAGAUUUUGUCAUCUUGUGGAUUCUGAUAAAGAAAUUUAACUCUAAUUAAUCUGAAGCAGUCGAGUCCACUGAAAAAUGAGGAAUCUGCAGGCGCAGGACCAGACUUUGAAGUGAGAACUAAAAGUGUUUCCCCUAGAAUUUCCAUGUCCGUGGGGGUGGGGGUGGGAAGGGAAUUUGAUGAACUUGUUGAUGACUCAAAACAAGUUGAAAAUAAUGUUGUGUGUUGUUUUUCUCACACAGUGUAAGUAGAAAUUAGUAGUGGCACAUUGAUAUUUAUGCUCAUGUGAAAUUUCAGUUGCAGCACACGUUAUUCGAAACACUGACUAAUCUGUGUUCAACUUGUAGCUAGUUUGUAGUCCAGGAAGUAUUGACCAAUCAGGUGUCCGGAGGAAAAACAGUCUGUGUGGAGAGCAAUAGCAGGAAGAACAUAGUCCUCUGUAAUGAUGGUGAGUCCCAGUCCUAAAACACUGAAAAAUCAAAUUGAACAAGUCUCAAAAACAAGAGAUUGGACAGCGAAAUAAUUCAGACUCUCAGUGUCUAGUUUUUUUGCAUGCCUGUAUUAAUUGAGAAAAAUAAGCAUAUCCAUAUAGUCGGGUGUCAGUCUGGAGCGCAACAGAGCCAAAAUCUGUCAAACACACAUUCGUGAUGCUGAUGGGGUCCUUUAAAAGGUUCUUCGUCUCCAUGUCAGCAACGUCACUGGCAGGUGGUGUGGAGACUUGGUGCAGUGCUGAAAUACACUUUAAAUGACACCACCCUGUUCGCUUUAUAAGACCAAACAUUGUUUACUGGGGAUUAGAGAUGAAUAAGCUCUGUCUUAAUGACCGAUUACCUGAUACCUGACAGCGUUACUGUAAACAAGUUGGAAAACCAAGAUGGACGUCUACUGUUAGCUGUUGUUAGCUUUUGUCAGCUGUCGUUGACCGUUGUCAGCUGUAGUAAGCUAUACCAGUUCUAUACAAACACCAUAGCACCAUGUUCACAGUUGGAUGUUGGGCAGUGCAACAUGUAACACUUGUUUAGUUUCCCAAAAUCAAAACAGAAGUGCUACUAAAUAAUACAUUACGAGAGCGUUCACUGUUACUCUUUACUGUUGAUGCACUGCUCUGCCAUCUUGGUAUAUAACGUUGUCGUCAAGUUGGGGUUGGUGAGGAUCGUCUGACUUACUGAGUUCGGAAUCUGACUUCUGGGGGGCAUGCCAGAUGAAUUUCCGACUCGGAGCUCGGAAAACGUGACUUUCGAGUACAAUUGUAACAGCCCUGUGAGAAAGUCAAGCUUGUACAUUCUUAUGUUGAAUCUGUAGAUGGAGAUUUAUCUGAGGACAAGCCGCUUUCUCUUUCAGAGGACACACUACUGAUCAGAACCCAUGAAGGUCAGGCUGAUCAGAACAGCUUCAUUGAUACAGGGGAAGGUUUAAGAGCUGCCAGCACAGGUGGCUGUGAUUAAACUUUCUACCACAUUAGAACUCAAGAAUCAACUCAAGAACUCAGAUUGUUUUCUGAUGAUCAGUCUAAAAUAUUUGCCUCUGUAACUUUUCAGUCAUCUUGUUUAUGAUGAUGUGACUUUUGAUGGCCAAUCCUGAGGCUCACGAACGGCCUGUGUUCAGUCCUCGGAGAUCAAACAGUGAUUAUACAGAUAAAGUGAUGUAACUCAGAGCAGAGCAUAUUUAUACCAGCUGAACUAUAUUAUCUGUGUGUCUGCCGCCGACCAGUCAAGUACCAAAAAGUACCAGCUAUCGGACCAAUCCCAUGUGAUGAGAUCUUUGGAGCCUCUUCUACAUCCAGCCAGCUCCACGGUCUCUGCAGAUGCUCAGAUUUGCAGAUGGAUAAAGUUUUGUCUCUCUGAGAAGCAUUAGAAACCAUCUGGUCUCCAUCCUGAUUUGGCAGGAACUCUUGGUUUUCAGCAGUGCCUGAGUUCAGACUUUAUCAGCUGCGUCUUGUUUUUUUUUUGUUUGACAUUUAAAGGAGAACUCAACCUUUGGCUGUUGCUUUAAUAUAUACAGUUUCAGAGCAAAGACAGGGCCAGGAGCCAGCUGUAAACAGUGUGAGGGCAGUGAAAUAUUUCUUUCAUUCUGUAAGAGCUGAAGUGUCUGAGGUACCAGGAGUGGAAAUAGAAGUCCAGAGAGGGAGAAAGAGGGGAUUUUUCCUCUAAAGAGUCAACAACAAGCAGAAAUGUUGGAGCUUUUAGAGGUUAGAGAUACCUGAGAGGAAGGUGUGACUGACAGAGAGGUGGAUUUACAGGUGAAGAAGAGGAGGAGGUCUGAGCGAGUCACUGAGAGGCUGUAGGAAGAGUUUGGGAUGUGAUGAUGUGGACAGUCAGGGACUAUAUCCUGCUCAUAAGCAGGAACACACAAACACACACACACGCACUUAAGUGCACACUGGUGUGUUCAGUAAGAGACUUAAACUACACACUGACUGUAGUAUAAAUACACAGCAUCACAGUCUUUCAGGUUCAGAUGAGGUGAGACAGCAGAGUCCAUGCAGAGCUCAGGAUAGAAAUCUGUUUCAUUUCCAAACUGAAGUUGGCUGAUGAGUCUGACGUUUGAACCAAUUCACCUCCAGACCAUUGUCUGUCUCAAAGCUGGAGGAAAAUGACCAACUCGCUAAUGCAAUAGCUGAGCAGUGCUUUUAAACAUGUUUCUGAAGGACUGAGAUCAGCCCUUUUCAUGGUACAGUUUGAUUUCAGUUUUGUAGGUCAGUUUGUUCAGAGCAGACACUCUUACAGUCAGGCAGUAUGUUAGCUGCCUCUUUGUACACACACCUACAGAAGAAAACUUUAUGAUUUAACAGAAGACAAACAUCCCUCUAAACAUGUUACACACUAUCAGAUCAAAAGGCUGGUUUCUCAGCCUGACUCCCCUUCUGACCAGAGUCAGCAAAGGCCAGAGUAUCCUGUAAGAUUGGUGUGUGGGGUAUUAAUAUAUACCAUCUUGUUCUUCCUCUGACCUGCCUUGGGACAGUAUUGGGAGCUAAAUUUCAAAGUGUUCAGGAUCAGAUAUCCUGUUAUGAGCGAAGAAAGAAUACCUAACUUAUACUAUGAGAACAAAUCUAUUCAAAAAAGUUAUUUCUGCACUGUAGGGCUGCACGAUUAAUCUGUUUUAAAUCUUUAUCAGAUUAUUUGGUUAUGAGGAUGUUAAAAGAAUUAAAAUCGUCAAAUCAAUUUUCCUCUCUGUCAUGUCUCACGCCUUCAGGCCACUGUAGGCUACCCCUUUCUGAGGGGGUGCAAGUCAGUCUUGGGGAAUUGGUACAACUUUGUAGCCUGGCUGGGCCAUCCAGUUGCGUGAAUCACUUGCCGUUCCUUCCCACAACAGUCUGGACUUCGGCCAAUUGGGAGCGUGUAUUAGAAAUCAGAAAAUAACCGGGCCAAUCAGUGACUGUGUUUCCACUGUUCCCUGGACAACAAGGAAAGGCAGCCCCUGAUUGGUCCAUGUGUAAAUGGUGAUGUCUAACACAUGCUGUGGGACUUUUUAAAGCGCCGUUCAUUCAGAACGCCGUUAAUGCAAAGUCGGCAGAAAUCGUUUAUAUCUGCAGAAAAAGACGUAAAAGACAUUGUUUGCUCGCACACCUUGAAAUAUUACCAAACCUUUACUUGAUGCUUGAGAGCCCAGCAGGGAACACAGUUGCACACUGUGAUGACGUCAGAUGUUUGGUUACAGUGAUUGGUUACAGUAGUCUGUCUAUCAAGGAAAGUACUCCCGCCCACUUUUAGGGCUCCCAAUUGGCCGAAGUCCAGACUGUUGUGGGAAGGAACAGCAAGUGAUUCACGCAACUGAAUGGCCCAGCCAGGCUAACAGCUUUGCACUUUUGGAUGAAGAGCAAACCACUCCCCGCCGCAAAGUCUGACUGAAGGCGGUAUCAACUCGUCCACAUGGAAACAAAUUCAGGAGUAUAGCAAAAGUGUUUUCGUCAUAUCUGCGUUUCAUCUACACGGAAAUGGCAUUUUGGGUGACUGUAAUCGUACUUUUUGAAAACAGGUCAGAGAGUGCAUAAAUCCAUAAAGGACUACCAUUUCAUCUCCGUUUGGUUGCCUAUCUGCAUCUCUGGAAACAAUUAUGUGACACACAGCUAGGGUUGGGCAUCGUGUCUCGAGCAUCGACAGGGACCGGGUCUAACAUCCUAAAUUUUAAAAUUAUGAUUCCAAGUUUCGAUGCCAGAGUCCGCUGACCAGAAGAAAUAGCUGCCAAACACCAACGAGGAAGAUGCCAUAAAACACCAAUGAAGAAGAAGCCGCCGAACACCAACGAGGACGUAGCGUAUGAGACGAAGCCAAACAGAGAAAGAAGAGAGAUAGAGAGGGAGAGUGCAUUGCAACCCACAGCAGCGUUUAAAAGUUUGAGUAACUUUAGCAGGAAGAAUGAACUCUUAUCUCAGUGCAACAUUAGCAACACAGUUAUAUCAUGCAAAGGAGGGUGAACGACCAACAUGAUUAAGCACCUCAGGAUUCAUGGAGGAGGAAUACCUGAGUGCCCUUUUUUGGGCAGAAAUUCAGAAAAGAAGUUCAGAAAUUUCAUCCAAAAAAAGAACUUGGGUUAGCACCCUCAUUUAAACCAUGCAUUUUUUUUAAUAUCCUGCCUUUUAAAGAAAUCGGAAUAGAGAAUCAUUAGAAACUGGAAUCGAAACAAGGAAUCUAAAUCGGAACCGGAAUCAUUCAAAAUCAAAUGAUACCCAUCCCUACACACAGUAUAACUCUUUUAUGGUGGCUGCAUGUGUCCGGCCAAAACAACUUUUUCUGUCUUCUGUGCAUUUCUUGUGCAGCAUACAGCGCUAUUUACUGGCUUGGCAUAUACACUACAUUGUUUUCAGUGGUUUUGUUUUGAGAGAUGAUAGAAGAACUCCUUUGUUUUUUAAGUUAAGUUUGGUGAAGUGGUCCCUGAAUAAAAAAAUGGAAAUUGAAAAUUUUUGGCCAAAAUCGUGCAGCCCUAGUGCACUGUGAGCAAGUUGCUUCUAAGUGGACUUUUACAGGUCAGCUGAUUGCAGAUACAGCCUCUGAUUGGUUGACGGACUGAAACAAAUGUUUACCUUCUUCUAGCAUUUUCAGCUGAAGUAAGAAUGGCGCAGAUUUGCUAAAACUUAUCAAAAUUUAUUCUCAGAUUUUGCAUAAAUCUUCACAGAUUAUUUUUGUAUCUGAGGGUUGGGUGCAGUCAGUCUUUGGAAGUACUGUGAUGUAGAGAAGACCAUGGAAAAGCUGCUGAAUGUCGCAGAUACACAAAGUGUAUCCCCUGAAAGCAGCCUGGCUCAUGAAUCAAGUGGAUUUGACAGAGUUGCGGUAUAUUUUAAAAUAAUUUUUUAGAAACACAACAGUUACAUGAAAAUUGAUGACAGCACUGACCCUCCAAACUAUUGAGGUCAGAAUAAACUCAAGAUGAGUGUGUUAGGGCUUGUUUCGACCCAGUUGCAACACAGAGUUGUGACUUUCCACAUACUAGUUAUGGUUUAUUAAUCUGUUAAACUUGUGCAACAAUCCAGUUCUUUAAUAGGGUAAGUGUUUUCAUGCUGCUUGUCUGAUAAAUUAAUAGUUAAAACAGGAGAGAUUACACAUCAGAUUUGUGAAACCGUGAAAUGACCCUUUAAUUCUCAUGUUUCUUGGGACUACCACUAAGUAAACGUCAUGAUUUUCUAAAUAUAGCCUUGAAUUCCUGUUUUCUGUGAAACUGGAGUCUGACUCUGGACUCGUCCAGAACCAUGGGGUUUCCUGGUAUGAAGGUCCAGGAUGUGGUUCUAGGAACCCUAAAGGGUAUCAGGAACUUUUGGGUGAGGUUGGCAGAGCUUCAUGGCAGUCAGCAGCUCUUAACUGGUUCUUAUUGUUAUUAAUGACUUUGUGAAAGUUUUUAAGUGAGUCACUGACUUCAGGCUGUUCCCAGAUGUCCCAAAUUUCCCAACAUUAACAACAACUGGGAGAGAUGAAGGUGAGGGUUGUAGACUCCUAUAGACUCCUGUGGACCCCUGCUGUGUUCUUGGGAUCACUGUGCAUUUAGAGUAUUUUCUUGCUUCUGCUGAAAGAGCAGAAGAAGAAUCAUGGGUCAGAGACACAACCCAGAAUAAAGGUCUCUGUCUUGUGUUUGCAGAAUUUCUGAUUCAGUAAUGGGACCCUGUUGAAUUCUUAAGCCCUGAAUACUCUCUCAAAGCAUGUUGUACUUACAUACCACACUGUGUUCACAUGCCCCCCACCCCCCAGUUUGCACAUUUGUAGACAUGUGGAUUACGUCAGUCAGGGAUGAAAUCUACAUCACAUGGGCUGUCCCUGCAGCAGGAAGUUUACAUCUGGGUUAAAAUUCUGUAUAUAGAGACGGAGAGCGCUGCACUAGAGUCAGAGAGGUUUAUGUUUGCACUGACUUUCACGUACAAGGAAGAGAAACAGGAAGAAACAUGAUGUAUUUUUUUACAACAUACUAAACAGCCCUGCCCCCUACUCCCUGCAAUUCCAGGAGGAGCUCACGCAGUCUUAAAGCACGUGUUUUCAUUUUUUCAAUGAUCACUUUCAGAUACCAGAAACUAGGACUUCAGUUGUGGGUCUCAGCAGGCUGCAUUAGCACAGUGUUAAUGGGAGGGGUAAUGGCCCAAAGGGGAUUCCUGUUUACCUGCCAUGAACUGCUGCUGUCCCUGUAUUCUCCUCUCCUAAGUUCUCUAGGGGUCCAGCCAAAGUCUAUAAAAAAGUCCCUGGUGAUACAUGGCACAGAAAAACCGUUUCCAUGGUCACACCUGUUUUUUUCUUUCUUGUUUUUCAUGAUGAGCUGUGAAGGAUAAACAACACACAUUUCAGAAAUGACCAACAAGUUUCUAAACUUCUAUUUCAAACCUGUUCGUAACUCCAACCCAAACUCCUGAAGAGUGCUGGAAACUGUGAAAAUGAAAACAGUUGAUUUUUCGCUACAAUGAUAGAUGAAUUAAAGACAAAAACAUACACAUUUUAGUAUGGGAACCAUUUAAGUGUUGGUCUGUGGUCAGUUGUUCUGGAGGUAUUGACCAAUCAGAUAUCAGCAGGCUUUGGUGUUUGCAGUAAACAGUCUGUAGACAGACUUUUUACAGAGAAACUGAGACUCUCCACAGACAGAUGAACUGGAAGCCAGACUGAAACAUCUGAGAGACUAUUUACAGAGAAAUUAUCUUGUCUUGUCAUUAAUUAGAUAUGUCAUGUAAAGGAGGAAUUACUAGUGUAUCUGUCAGUAACAUUAGAAAACCCCAGCCUUUGUGCUAAAACCCUGGAUCAACUUUAAGUCAGUUUGUACAAAAUAAAACAUGGAGCAGGAGUAAACGUUUGGUGUAACAUCCCUGUGAGUUCAGGAGUUCAGAGGAAACACCAGCAGGGAACGUCCCUGGACCCUCCUCUGUGUUUGCACUCUUUACGUUACCUUAUCAGACAAAUGUCCUGCUUUGUGCCCAGGGUUUGUGUGAGGUGACAGAAGAGACACUUUCUCUGCCCGUGACUCUCCUGUGAGAGUUUGAUGUAAGCCAGGUCUGCCAUUUGUCCUGAGUGAGUGGAGGAGAGACGAGGGAAAAGGAAGGAAGGAAGAAGUCCGCAGAGGAGAUUGUGAGGAGAGUUAGAGAUGGACUGGGACAAGCGGCUUUGGAACAGCUGUUUCCUGUUUUCAUCUCACUUUUCCAGCAGUUAGCAUUUUGGUGGGAUGGGAGGUGUGUGUGUGUGUGUGUGCGUUUUUGUGUGUUUGGGGUGUGGGGGUGUUGUUGGACAUGGUUCCUCUGGUUUCUGUCCAGGUAAUCAAAAUCUGUCAUACUUAUUCUGAGGGGAUUCCCAUGAAAUAGACUGUAGGAGCUCUGCAGGAGCCUUUCCACAGCAUGACCUGGAUCUUGGAGUACCUGGAACUGCUCUUGAGAGAACUGAAAUGUUGCUUAGCAUAUUUUCAUCAGUGUUUCUGUCGAAACUGCCAAGAUUUCUGCAACAGUUGAAGUGAAUUAGCAGCUAAUGUAUGAAAAAAAUCUGGUUUGACUCAAAGCUGUGAAGUAAAGAAGCAAAAACAGUAAUUCCAUACAUUUUAACACAAACAUCUAUACUUCUUGCUACAUUCUUUUGCACUUUAACUCAAGAAUUUGAGAAAAAUAACUCUUGUUUCAUGUCAUACAUGCGACUUUUGAACAUCCAGUCCAAUUUCUACCUAAAUGGAUGACUAGAGAAAAUGAUUGCUGGAGAAUAAAUGAAUAAAAUAUUGAGGGGUGGAGAAUUUUCUUUUGAAGGUCUUGGCAGCAGGACUCACGGUGGUUCAAACGUUGUAAAUGUUAGAGAACAUCGACCUGAAGACCUUUGAGGUUCAUGAACCUCCUCUGUGACACCUUGCCCCCCGGAUGCCUGAAGCUUCAUCCUUGCGUCACUGUUUGCUCUGCAGGAUCAGUCUGCUUCCUCAGCACUCUGCUCGCUCUGUUUAUCUGAGCCUCCCAUGCGACCUGGCCCGGCUGCUGUUUGUGUUUUUGCUGUGACCGGGCCCCCAUGAGGCCCCCAGCCCAGGACAGGAGAUAAGGGUCCCAAACAUGGUAUUACCGACAUGUUGAGUCAUCGCAUGCUGGGGUCCUGCUGGGGCGGAAACUCAAAUCAGAGGGUUUACUUUACUUUAUGUUUGAGGUUUUCUGAUAGAGCUUCAGUUUGGCUUCAGUGGACCGAAGUGUCUUCUGUUGAUGCUUUUGCUCUUUACUCUGAGUUUCUGUAUAAACAACUCUUUGCAACAGCAAAGAAUCGUACACAUUUAAAGCACACACUCCUGAAAGUUUCUGGAAAUAUUGAGGGUUUUUGAAAGGAAGGGCAUGACACCAAAACAAGCUGAAAAGGUGAGGGUCUAAUGUUCAUAACAUGAUAGGAGACAAAGAGAGAGACAGCUAUGAUGACAGUUUUUGCAUUGCUAAAGUUGUGAUGAGAGUUUGGAUGUGUUCACACAUGCAGCCCAGCCUGACAACUGCAGAGGGAUUCUGGGAGUUUUGUGCAUGUGUGAAUACAAAAUCAGAACUUGACACCUAAAGAGCUCUUUAUAACUUCAAUGAAGACUAAAUCUAGAGCCACAAUAGUCCCAGUUAAAACAUCCUGGCCGGGAAAGGGGGCAAAGACUCUACAUACAGUGACUUUAAUCCCCUCAGCAGUUUGAAGUCUUAAAUCCUGGAGUUGUCAUGCUGUAAACUUAACUUCCUGGUGGCCCUGUGGUUGUCGGGCACCAUAAAACCUCAGCUUCCCUGUUUAGAUUUCCAGCUGGGUAGAGUUACUGCUCCUCUUUCUCACCCUCAUGUCUCGUAGUAUUUUCUAAUUCUUCACUUCCUCUUCUCCUCUGAAUUUAAACCUUGUCUGGAGUUUCUUCCCUCUUUGCUUUGCUGUUUUUGUAGACCUACUAUAUCCUCUCCUCCUCAGCUCUGUGCCUGUAUUUGCUUUCACAUCACUUCCUCAUCUGCUUGGAUGUUACACUACACUAUCUUGGCUUACUCUGCUGUCGUCUCUUGACCUGGUUGCUUUAAUUAGCAUGUAAUCGGUGAUAUAAGAGCGUGAACUAGUUCUUUUCUUUGGGUUCUAUUUCUCCUCCAUUUAUAUCAGUGACUUUUAAACUUUGGUUUUGAGUUGCACUUUUGUCAACCAAGAAUCAGGUCACAGUGACAGCAGAGAGACAGUGGAGCCGCUCUGCUGAGCCGAACUUACAUAAACCAGAGAGUGAAGGCCGACUCGAUAACGCCUGCAAAGUACAGCUGACACAAUAAAGGGCAUUGUGUGUGUUCUUUUCCAUGCAUUCAUCCGAGAAGCUUUUUUUUUAUCAUGUUACAAGCUUCAGAUACACCAAAUUAGUGCUUUCACAACAAAAAACGGCUGUUCCUCAACCAAACAGGGUUCCAGACAUCUGAAAGUAGAUCUGAGCUGAAAUUUCCACACAAGUCAGCCUGGGGACAAAGAGAGAGCUCAGGGAAAUAAAAUGUCUAUUUUUAUCCACCAUCACUUCUCGAUGAUCUUUGAGAGGAGUUCCUGCGAAAUGAGCUCAUCCUCAAAACCUCAGACCAGGAGCCGGAUCAGAAAACAAGAGUGAAAGAUCUUGAACUACUCAUCUGGAUUCUGGUUUUUAACUGGUUUGUGUUUGUAGUUUUAGGGUUUUAAGGAUGAGCUCAUUUUGUCAGAUCGCAACUUAAAGUCUUCAGAAAGAUCAUCUUCAGAUACUUUGAGCAUUCUUUCUUCCUGUGGUGUGUCUCUUUUGUUUCAAAUUGAAGUUUAAUAGUAUCCAGGAACAACAUCAUUAAUAUGUUUGUCAUACAUUUUUUGCCAAUUUUUCCCCAAAGAUUCAAGUCACUCAGACGGGGAAGUCAAAGCAGAAAAGUAAGGAGAAAAGCUGAAGACAAAUAUCAAUUACACCAAAGACACUCUUUUUUUUUUUUGCCUUUUUCCUUGGGACUUCUCCGUCCAAAUCUUUUCUGCACUUACAGUUGAGGCCAAAAUUAUUAGCCCCCCCUAUGAAAUUUGAAGUUUUUUUCCAAAAUUUCCGAAGUGCUGUUCAACAGAAUAAUGAUUUUUUACACAGCUUUUCCAAACAUCCUAGUUUUAUUUUGGAUCCUUACAUUAUUUUACUUUGCACACAGAAACAAAAUUAUUUCACAAAAACCAAAAACAGCACUUCGGAAAUUUUGGAGAAAAACUCAAAAUUUCAGAGGGGGGCUAAUAAUUUUGGCCUCAACUGUACAUUUCUCUCUGCUCUAUAAACCAUGACACUGAUGCUGUAUUUAGUGUCUUAUAUAACAGUAUGAAGAGCGGAGUUUACUGAUCAAGUUCACAUCUUAUCUUAUUGUUAUUUGGAAGAGCUAUUUAUGGGAAAGGGGAGACUGGGAACAAUGACUCAAACACACCCAGUCCUCUGUCUUUAGGAAGCAGCUAACAGCCAUCACUGUGACGUCAUGUCUCUUGUUUGGCCCUGACUGUUUUGUUAGAAUUGAACUUUGCAGUAACACCCACCUGUGAAAACCUCUGCAGCACUCGGCGAUGCUGUAGAGCAACAGUAAAAGCUCAUAUGAGUUGGCUAACAUCACUUGUUUCUGAAAAAUGACUCUGCUCAUGCUCUUCAAACUCCUCGUUAGGACACCAUAUGUCUCCUAACCAGGUCUGUGCUGUCUGUCCUGUAUGCACAACAUUGGCUGUGUGUCAUACACACAGUCCUGUACUAAAAUUUGGGCCCUGCACUCCCCUCUCUGGGACUUCCAGGAAAGGUUGAGUGUUGUGCACACAGAGAAGUACCACUUUUUUUAAGAUUCCGAUCCAUGCAAGUUUUUGCAGCUGACACCAUUAACACGCUGUGGGAGAGUCUGAGUUUAGAGAAUCAGCUGCAGAGAUCAGAGCCUGAGUACUCUGUGUUCAAAGAGCUCCUCUUAAAGGUUUCUGUUUAGUUUCUCACUUCAGACCUCCUGUGCAACAACUGGAACAUGCCAAAGUAAAACCAGUGAACAGAGGAGGUCUGAAGGUUACAGGUGAGAUGAAGCACAAACCUCAGAGGGUUUUAAAGCGAGGUUGAGUGCGUUGUUGUGGUGGUCUUCCCCUCCUCCCUCUCUGAGCUGCUGGCAGCGAUGGCAGCGAUGGUGUUAGCGGUGGUGGAUUUAAGGAGUGCGAGGUUUCCAUGGAGCCUGAACAAAGCCAUCUGGACUGAGGAAUGUGGUUUGGGAACGCUCCCUGUUACAUGCUGGAGGACCAGUGGUGUGGGUCCUGGUAAGAGCUGAGAGAGUGUGUGUAUGUGUGUGUGUGUGUGCUCUUCUGAGCAGCUCUCUUGUUUCCAGGGAUAAACAGAGGAGAGAAAUUUCACCUCUCCUCACGGGUUCAGGGGGUCCGUUUGGUUUCAUCACAUGUCAGGAAACAGGAUCCUGCUGUUUUUAAAUCUGCCUUUUCCUCAUGAUAACUAGUGAAACAAACACUCACCUGUGAAACAUUGAUUUUAAAUGUAUUCAAAUGAGGGCUGCAGGGAGGCCUUAUGCCAAGACAGUCUCCACUGGAUAGUUUUUACUCAGAGUUUGAGUUUACCUACACUGGAAGUUAAUCAUAUUAACUGAUUUUGUAAAUACACCUGUGGAUUCUUACAGACAGUGCGUGGUUGUUGAGUUUAGGACUUAUUGCUGUUUCAGUUUCACCACAUCAAUAAGCUUCUUACAGUUUCAUUUUUUUAGGGGUUAGGAAAGUCUCUGUCUCCUCCUUCAUGCACCUCCUCUCUUUUAUUAAACAGCUGACCCUCACACCUGCGGUAGAGAUGUCUUCGUGGCGUGUUUUUCCUUUUUAGGAUUACUUACCAAAGUCAAAAGCUUAAGCGAAGUCAGGGUUUGGCUUCUUCUCAUCUAGACAAGUACAAUUCAGUGAAUUUUUUUAAUGGUUCUAAUUUUUUUAAUUAUAUAGUUCAUUCUUUUCAAAUCCGAAAGGCUGUAACUGUUAAAUAUUUAAAGUUAUCUUGUAAACAAAUGACCCAAAUAAUACAGUUUUACUGUCUGUACAACACAAAAUAUUCAUACCCACUGUCUUUAAAUUAAUUUCUUCAUAUUUUAUAUGAACAACCUGACAACCAAUAAAAAGCAUCAUUGAGGGAGGUGUUAAUUUUGUGUAAAUCUGUAAAAAAUCUGGUGCUUGGAUAUCAGUUUUAAUACUGCUACCACUCAAAAGGUUUAUGAUGCAGCCAAAUAAAAGCAAACAGAGAGUGUAGAUGAAGCUUUCAUCAAGUUCUCUUCUCUAAUAUUGUGAAAAAUUACUAAAAGAAGUAAAAAAACGAAAAAGAUGAAGAAGAAGUGGCAGAAAUCAGGCUGCAUAAACAGAUGAUGGUGAAAAUAAAGGAGAGAGAGAGAGAGAGAGAGAGAGAGAGAGAGAGAGAGUGUGUGUGUGUGUGUGUGUGUGUGUGUGCUUCUCUUUGUUGUUCCAUUAGCACCUUCAGUUUGAUGCAAGGAUUCUCAUUGGUUGUUGGCUGAUGAAACUUGAAUUACUCAAAUGUAGUGUUUUAAUUUCAUACAAUAAAUGUUCAUAGAAAUAUUUACAUAGAAUUUUGACAUUGAUUUAUUAAACUUAUCAGGAAAUUGUCCCAGUUUAAUGAGGAUAAGGACAUACUAUUGACAAAGCAUUAAACCAGUGAUACAGUUAUUGACUAAAUAAGGAUAUUUUUUUUCAAACAGUGCUUUUUUCAGACUGGAGUUGAAACUGAUACUGAAGCAUCUUCUUGACUUUUAGAAGCAAAGGAGACCAAGAGCAAUAUGGCAGACAUUUUUUUAGUUGUAUUUAGUUGUGUAUGGUCAGUCACUUGCGCACUGAUUCUGGAAUAAAAAAAAGGUUGCAGUGAAGGCAUGUUUGUUGUUCGUGGUUCGUGACUCAGGAGGUUUGUCAGCUGAUCAGGUUCUGUUGGAAAAUGAACAACAUAUUCUUUUUUAUUUUGAAAAUGGAAAUGUCCCAGUCUUGCCUUGGAUGUUUUUCUGGCCUCUGGAAAAUGUCCCUAUUUUCACCUCUGAUACUUGCUGCUUCAAGUUUAGUUUUUCUGUUUUUCAAUGCUUGUAUGUAGUUUGAUGUCUUUUUCACAGACUGUAAGUACACACACAGGCAUAUGUCAGUUUUCAAACACAAGGAUAAAAUGAGAGGAAUUUAGCAACACAAAGUAACUGUGACCCCAGGAAAAGUUCCUGGCCAUUACCCAAGAGUGCACACCCAAAUGAUGACACAGUCUCACUAUAAUCUCCCAAUAAUUUAACUUUAAGAUAACUUUAGAAAAGGUCAAAGGUCAGGCUUUUUACACUGAUAACUGACAGCAUAAACCCCUGUAUUUUGCGAUUAACGUGAUUGAAUCGAGGCAUCAUGCGGUUUAAAGUACUCCACAAACACUCGGCUCUUCACUCAGCAUCUCUGCAGGUUUCUGGACAGACUUGAGUGAAGCUGUUUGCUGUCUUAUAAGAGGAGAAACCUGACUGUGAUCUUUGCUUUCUCUACGGAUCGACAGGACACUUCUAAGGAAUAACGUGUGUUUUUACAGGACUGAAUUUAACUCAGUGUAGUAAACAAAUGGGAGGUCAUUCACUUAACAGUAGGGUUGGGAAUCGAGAAUCGAGAAUCGAUGGGAAUCGGGACUAAAACUUCGAUUCUUCCGGUAUCGUUCAAAUAUUAAAAUUUCGAUUCCAAGUUUCGAUGCCAGAGUCCGCCGACCGGAAGAAAUAGCCGCCGAAAAUCAACGAAGAAGAAGCCGCUUAACACCAAUGAGGACGGAGCGUAUGAGACAAAGCCACACAGAGAGAGGAGAGAGACAGAGAGAGAAAGUACAUUGCAACCCACAGCAAUGCAGCCGCUGUGGGUUACAAUGUAAUCGCUCUCUGUCUCUCUCCUCUCUCUCUGUGGUUUCGUCUCAUACGCUCCGUCCUCGUUGGUGUUCGGCAGCUUCUUCUUCGUUGGUCAAAAGUUUGGCUAACUUUAGCAGGAAGAAUGAGCUCUUAUCUCAAUGCAACAUUAGCAAUACAGUUAUAUCAUGCAAAGGAGGGUAAACGACCAACAUGAUUAAACACCUCAGGAUUCAUGGAGGAGAAAUACCCGAGUGCUCGUCUUUGACGCGCUUCGCCGGUGUUGUGUCGUAGAAUGCACCCCUGACGGGAGCGCGGUUGAAAGUACACAACAAGGCGAAACAAUCCAAUUUUCUUACCGUUGGACGGAAUCUAAAGCGUGUGCCUUUAAUGAUUUCAUUCAGGCUAUUCAGAUAUGCCGAAAACAAUAGCCCUCUGAUUCGGAAUAUUUACUGUCCCGAAAAUAUUAUGUUCUCUACAUUAACAGCUUACUCUACAGUUUAUACUUCCAAGUACACCUUUAUGUGUGCAUUUUUGAGACACAUACAAACAAAACGAAAGUUUACUGCUCCAUUUGACAGGUUUUCAUGAUAUAAUACCCUUGUUUUAUUAAAUAUGAGAUCAUAUUUCUUCCACUAAGAAGCUAAUCAGUGGAGGGGAGGCAUUCUACGGCAGGGGUGCAUUCUACAGCACAACACCUGUCUUCCGCUAACCAGUCAGGAUCAGAUAAGUGAAACAAUAAAUGACUUCUGUCCUCUGCUAACUUUGAAACGGUAAAGAAAUUGAACUGUGUACGGUGAGUAAACUUAAAUAGCCACCUAACGUUAGCCCUUGUACUUUUUCAUAGACAAACGACCUGAAAACAAAAAUUGAUAUUUAUAUACUGGUUGAAAAUAGCUCUGUGAGAAAUUCAUAGUAAAGUUCUUAAAAAGUUAUUAGGAUUUAAAAAUUCAUGGAGAAGUUCAGAAAUUUCAUCCAAAAAGAAGAGCCCCGGUUAGCACCCUCAUUCAAACCAUGCUUUUUUUUUUCUUUUUUCUUUUUGAUAUCCUGCCUUUUAAAAGAAUCGAAUUAGAGAAUCGAUAGGAAUCGGAAUCGAAAUGAGGAAUCGAAAUUGGAAUCGGAAUCGUUCAAAAUCAAACGAUACCCAACCCUACUUAACAGUGUGGAUUCUGUGGUAGUAGUAAGGAGCAGCAAACCAGAAGUUGAAGUGCCUAUUUACGCCGUAAUAUGUGUGUUAUUUAAGAGUCAAAUCAUGUGGCUUUGUUUUUAUUUUUGACAUCGUCCUUAUUUCAAAAUAACCCAGCAGAGAUACUAUGUUUAUUUCUGUCCACAGUAGAGGUGUGGUUAAGUUAGUGGCAAUCAUUUAAGUUCAGAUGUAAAUAACUCCACAUGCCAUUAAUCAUCUGCAAACAAGCGGUUUGUUGGCGGUGGUUUGAAGCUGAGGUUUGGCUCUGUGGUGGCUGCUGUCUGAAGUUUCUUUCACACCUGAACUCCUGAAGGUUUCAGGACCUCCAGGUCUGAUCAGGAAUGAUCAGUUCUGGUGACUGCUUCUGUGUUGAUACAACUACAAUAUGUUAUGAGGGAUUUUAUACAUUUAUUAAUUUUAAAAGGAAGCUGCUGGUUUUCACUACAUACUGCAUAUUUCCAGGUUUUCCUCUCCCUGAAGUGUUUCCAGGACUUCUCUCAGGAAUGUAUUGAGCCGUCAGUCACAGCAGCUUUUGUUUUAGGGGACAAACAGAACAGCGACCUGCUCUGUUUUUACUCGCCUAUCAGGAUGUUCAGACUGACAGCUUUUCCACCGGCAGAGAAAGCUUUCGAUCAUUGUCUGCUGUUUCCUCAAGAGUGUUUUCUAGUUAGUAAAGCAGGUGAAGAAUAUCCACAAACAAGUGAACAAGUUGAUUAUGUUGGCUUGGAAACUGUGAGGAGGACUUUAGAGAGUUUUUAACGGACUCCUAGAUCCUUCAUAGAUCAGAGUGAUUAUUCACAGACUGUUAAGACAUCUGUUAUAUGUGACAAAACUCCAGAUAUCUGAGGGGAAGCUCAUUGCUUUUACAUCUUUUAACUCUGCUUAAGUGUGUUAGUGACUGAUGCAGGCAACCAGGAAGCAACAGAUACACAAAACAAAGCACAGUGAAUGACUGAAGAGUCAGAUUUCUUAUAACUGAUCUGUGUCUGCACAUGCAAAACAGAAUUAAUGAAAAGUGGUCUAAAAGAGUCUAACUUGUGGUUGUUUCCAUCAUUUCAAAAGAGAUGAAGAGAUUUGUAUGAUUAUGCUGAAAUGUGGAAACAAAAAAACAGACUAAAGAUCCACCUCAUCGACAAUAGCAGGAUGACUGAGGCAGCUGCUCCUUUGGUAAAACUGUCAUGAUUUCACUCUGCACUGGGAUAUGUCCUGCAGCAGUUACAUUUCAUGAAAAGUCACAUGGUCUAUAACAACAGCGUCUCUAAGGACUGUGUUGUUGACAAGAGUGUCGCUCUCCUCAAAAACCCUGGAGAGAGUAAUCUUAAGUUCUCUGAAAAGAGCUGGACUCGGUGUCAGAAGCCAUGGGAAUCAGAUCCAUAAUCCACUCAGUCCUGGAAAAACAAGCUCACAACAUGUUUUCUUAGUGGUGCUCUGAUAAAUCUGGUCGUCAGUGGACAUCCUGCUCACGAGGCUGAGACACAAUGACAUAACUGGAAAAAUGUGUUCAGUCCCAGAUUCAGAGCAAGAUGGUUAUAAUUAUAACUCAUACCAUGUCUUCAGAGGGUUUGAGGAGCUGAAUGUCAGGAGAAUCUCCUGAUGUAUUCCUGGAUUUGGAUGUUAACACACACACUGUAGGAUUAAACCCUGCUUCAGUAAACUGGAUAUUUCAGUGUCAGAGUCAUUUAGCGGCCGCAGCUUCAGAAAAGUGAGGAGGGGACAGAAAUAGAAAGCGUCUCCAGAUAAUGAAUAAUUCAUGUAAAGCACAAAUAAUGCAGAAAGUGUUCAUCUGAGUGAUUUAUGUGUUCCUGUUUUUCUCCUACAGAGAGGAGGUUCAGGAGAACUGUGUCCGCUGGAGGAAGAGGUUCACCUUCGUGUCCAAGAUGAGUGCCAACCCUCACACCGGAGUCCUGGAUCCGUCUGUCUGCAGGGUGUCGGUCAGGAAGGUACGACUCCUGCUUUCCUCCACGUCUGCAGAUGAAACUAAACCUUAGGGCUGAAUUUAUUUGAAUAUGCUUCAUUUUUAAACAAUUACUUGUGCAUUUACUACGUCCCUAAAACAGAGACAUUUUAAGAGACUUGCUGCUGCUGACCCAGACUGGAGUUAAGUUUUAGAGCGUUUUUACACCUGUAGUUUGUUUUGGGGUCAGAGGUUUCAACUCAUGUGCUAGUUUGUAACUUUGCAUUAAUAUCUCAAGUUUGGUUUAUGUUCUCACAGGGACAUUUACUAAAAAUAAUGUGUGAUGCCAGAGAAAGGUGCUCUCUGAAUGCCAAAAUAGGCCAACAGAUCCAGCGAUGUUUUAUAUAAUCUUUGAAGCUUCAGUCGUGUAGUCAUAGAGUAUGACAGAGUUUUUAUGAAUUUUGGGGGGAUUUGGAGGACCUUCAGUCAGAGAAUAGAAGGGGUUUAGAGUACGACACUGUAGGAUGAUGUGCUGUAAAUGGCAGCAGAUCAGUUUUUGAACCUGUGCUUCAAACGAGAGUUACGUAUGUAAAUGCGGUUCUAUGAAUCCUGGAUGAGCGCCUUUCGCGAGAAGAUCCUGCAGGAACAGAUCCUCUAAUGUCACCGGAAGAUAUAGACUGACUGGGUCAUCAGGGGUCACACGUGACUUUGUUGGUAUAAACACUCGACCUGCGCAUGCACGAGAUGGAUCAUUCAGUGCUUAAAGCACCGCCUCUAGUGGUCAGUAAGAAUGAAAUAGAAGCCCACUUUUAGGUUGUAACGUCUGUAGAGUCAGUGUUUGAUGUUUUAUUUAGACACUCACGCUGACACCAUGCAGAUCAUUUUCUGCAUCCUGAGUAAGAGCCCUUGAUUUGUGUUUGUCUUGAUAUGCAAUGGAAAAUAUUGUAUUAGAAUAUAUACUAUUAGCAUAUUAAAGGAAACGAUCUCUGUGGAUUUUAAAAGUGAGUUGGUAAAACAUAUAACAAAUGAAAGAGGACCUUGUAUGGAGCCUUGUGGAACACCACAUUAUACUGCUGUUUGUGCAAUUUGCUCUGUUCAAGCUGACAGAAUGUUUUAGUUAAACAGGUCGAUGUUAAAGCAGUCAGCACAGUUCCAGCAGUACAUCAUUAUUGAUUUUCAUUCAUUCAUUCAGCCUUUAUUGGUACUUGAGGGUUCAUUUAGAGGUAACCUUCAUUUACAAUGAUAUCGAGUCAAAUAACAGACAGCCGAAAGACAGUCCUCAAGCAUUUCUAGAGAAAAGAUUGAAUUCUGGUUAGAGGCCACUGAAAUGAUCAAAUAUCAUAAAAUAUCUACAUGAAUAUACAAGAAGAUAAAGAGCAUGUGACAUAAGAUUGGGCAUAAAAGAUACUAAAACAGUUUUAAAAAACACUAAUGAUUUAAAUAAUCCAAUAGAGGGUACACUUAUGAAAACAGUGACAAACAGGCAGUCUUUUCAAGUUCAGAUGGAACUGGAAGAACUUUUUAAAGAAACUACUUUCUGGAGCGUGUCUGAUCAAAACAAUCUGAGAAAUAAAGAUCAGGGAGAUAUAGUGGAGAUGUUUUAAUAAAAGAUUAAUUUUAGAAGAGGCUCCUGUGAAUCUUGCUUCUCUCCUGCAGGGGGGACCACCCAACUUUCGAAGUUUAAUAUGGUGAUGAGUUUUGUUGGAGUCACUGGUAAUAAAUCUCAGUGCAGUGGAGGGUGUGUGCAAGCAGAUUGCAUCACUAUAGUCCAAAAGGGUCAUAAAAACUUCCUCCACAACCCUCCGACUACAAAACAUUAUAAAGAUUAUUUUGUUCUUGUAGAAAUCACCUUUUUUUGCCUUAGUCUACCUAAAUGAUUUCUUCUGCAGUUAUACCUGUAAUGACAGCUCUUCUGAUGAACUCACCUUUGCAACACAAUCAAUGUGCUUUAUCACCUGACCAUUCUACCCAAAAAGGAUUCAUGAGUGAUAAAGCAGCUGUUUGAAAAAGGAUUCGACACCUUUAAGAAACACCUCUGAGUCUAUACUUUGCUGGUUUAAACCUAAAAGUUUCUUCUUUUUGGUGUAUAAGCUCUUCAUCUAGAAACACGUGACAAAGACAAGUUUUUGAGCUGCAUCUCUAUGUUUUGUUCCACGAAUGUCACAAAGUUUUGCGACACCUCCUCACAUACCGGACACACUGCACACUCUGCAGAGGCUGUUGUUUGAUUCAUGCUGUAUUUUUACAGUUUUGCAUUAUUAAAUAGAGAAACAGUGGAACUGUUUGCAGAGGUUUGGAGACGUUCUCACAAACAUGUGCUCAGGAUAUUUCAAUGCUGAACUUCCCAUGUAAGUGUUGCCUCAGUGCCAUGCUCUGAGGAACCAUGAGUGUGGUCUAAACCUGUAAUUUGGACUCCCACGUUGGAGCCUGUAAUUGAAGUUCUCUGUAAUAUAAAAAUGGAUCAGCUGGACCACUGUGUUCAUCACUGUCUUCCUGUUUUCUCUGCAGGAACUCAAAGGAGGAAAAGCAUAUUCGAAGGUAAGAACCCAAGUCUCAUAAACAUAUAAACACGCUGACAGGUGAGCUCAGUGUCUGUUCACCUUAAAUACACCUUAUGUAAAUAUAAGUGUUUCUUGCAGCACUCUGACGAGCUUGCUGUUUGCAGGGCAUGACUGUAAAAGCCGCCUUUCUGACGCUUACUUUACUUGGAAACUGCAAAACAUCCCCCCAACAUUUUCCUGACUAGAAGUGAAGGAGCUCCUGAAGAAUGAGUCACACAUCUGUUGAAUGAAACUACAAGGUCACAUCUCACAUCCAGAGAAACUACCUCUGAGCACGCUACUGCCAAACUCAAACCGUUUCCUCUGUUUUCCUCGUUUCUCUAUUUAGAUUUCCUAUGGCUAAAUUUACCCACUUCCCUCCUUAGAAGUUGGCUUCCUUAAACACACACCUAUGAAAACAGGAGCUGCUUAAAGAAAGGGGAACCUGAAAACUAAAGAAUGGGAACCUUUAGCCUGAGAGUGCUGCAGAGUCCAUUUAAACCAACAUUAGACAAAGGCGUGCUGCAGGCGAAGCUGUGAGGUUUGUUUUAGUGAUUAAGGUCAUAGAGGCAGAGUCCUUAUCAGAGGAACCUCAGGCUGAUUGUAUAUAGGUCAGGGCACAACUCAGACCUUUACAACUUCUGCAAAACUACCAAUACAGGCUCCUUCAGAUUUAGCCCAUUAGAAGUUAGGUCUGAUAUAAUCAUUGUCAGUAUAGUCAGAAACAGGAUGGAAUUAUCACUCUAAUUUUGGCCUCAUUAGGCAGUUUCUUCUCUUUUAUUCAAAUGUUGAUGUCCAACUUUGAAAAGGGAUCCAGAGCAGAAAUGCAAAAACCUGAAGUAACUUAAACUUAAAUGUCCACUUGAGAGUAUUAGUGAAGAACCUCAGAGGACAGUUAAAAAAGUGAAACACAUUUGGAUCAUUUAAAUCUGUGUGAAGAAAAAUUGACAUCAGAAUUAUCCCAGAAGACAUGUGGCUCUGCAUACACGUUAGAAAAGACCAACUAAUGGGUUGGCCAAGUUAAUGCCUCUCUGAAAUAAUCAGCAGCAGCCUGUCUGGACUUAAAAUAAUAAUAAUAAUAAUUUUAAUUAACAAAUAAUGUUUGGGGUUACAAUUGCAGCAAACUGAUUUAAAAAACCUCUUUAUUCCCACGACAGUGACUCUGUUACAGAUGACAGGGUUUUUAAAAUGAUACUUGGAUUGAUUGUUGUGUAAGUCCUCAUUGCUAAGGGGGGUUUCAAUGUAACAUUUGUUUUUGCAUUUUUUUGCAUGCAUCUCAAAAAAUGAUAUAAAGGUCAAAAUAACAAUGGAUAAAAUUGAUAGAGGACAUUUGUCUUUAUUUGAUAUUUUUAAUAUACACAUUCAGUAUAAACAGUUUAUAUUAAGUUAAAAAAAACCUUAUUUCAUAUUAUGUAUGGUAUAUCCUAAAACCUCCAACUAACCUCCAAGCCUCCAAAAGCACAACUGUCCCCUUAGAGCCACAUGUUAAAAUGUCCAUUCUUACAGCAACAUGGUAUCCUUUUAAGAAUACUGCAGUGUUAUUACCAUCUACAAUAAACAUUGAGGCUUAUUUGCAUAACGAAGGUGUAAUUUUGUCCCUGAUAAAUAAUGAAUGCAUAAUGGCGCAUUUUAAAGCAGCUGCAGAGAAGAACAAGUAGGAGCUUAGGGACGGUGUUUGUUGGUAGCAAAGUUUAAGGUGCAUCUGACCCAUUGUGUGAGCUGUGUUUAAGACAGUGUCUUUGUUAAGAUCCCCCUGCUUUUUUUACCCUGUCAUACACUCAGACUUCAGAGGCCUCUGAUGAUAAAGCUGAGAGCACUCUCUAUGCGUUAAAUAUUGGGUGUUGCAAGGAUCUGUCUUUUCUCAACACAUGCCAAAAUAAGUCCCAGUGAACCUUUCAUCAGUGAGUCUGGAUUUAACUUGUCCUCUCCUCUUGGCCCACAGCUGGGCUUCACAGACCUUAACAUGGCGGAGUUUGCGGGUUCAGGCUCCACCGUGCGCUGCUGUUUGUUGGAGGGAUACGACACCAAGAACACGCGGCAGGAUAACUCCAUACUGAAGGUGAGAUUCCAGGUGUUCACUAAAGGAUGAGAAGAGACUGAAUUCAUCUGCAGAAAAAAAAGGGAAAUAAAGAAACAGGUUCCUGUUAAAACUGUCCAAGUCCCCAGCCUUAAACAAGAACAUGAAUGUGUUUAACUGUGAGGGUUUCAUGGCCUGCAGUGAGUGUGAUCAUUAACUCCACCUCUCUGAACUCCGACCUUUGACCUCUCAUUGAUUGCUUCCACUCUACAGAUUCAGUCAGUGUAGAGGGAAAUAGCCAGCUGUCUCUUGUGAUGUAAAACACUUUUUGCCAAACAGAAAAUAAACUCAGUGUUGGAGGUCAAUCUGCUGAUGAAACAGUCGUUCGGUUAAUCAGUCAUAUAAAAGUCAUAUAACUCAUUGAAAAAAUAAAAUGGGAAAUCCUCUGUAACUAUCGACUGACUAUUAGUGAGGAACCUCAGAGGACAGUUAAAAAAGUGAAACACAUUUGGAUCAUUUAAAUCUGUGUGAAGAAAAAUUAACAUCAGAAUUAUCCCAGAAGACAUGUGGCUCUGCAUACACGUUAGAAAAGACCAACUAAUGGGUUGGCCAAGUUAAUGCCUCUCUGAAAUAAUCAGCAGCAGCCUGUCUGGACUUAUUUUUAAAAAAAUAAUAAUUUUAAUUAACAAAUAAUGUUUGGGGUUACAAUUGCAGCAAACUGAUUUUAAAAACCUCUUUAUUCCCACGACCAUGUCUCUGUUACAGAUGACAGGGUUUUUAAAAUGAUACUUGGAUUGAUUGUUGUGUAAGUCCUCAUUGCUACAAGAGCACUUUCAAUGUAACAUUUGUUUUUGCAUUUUUUUGCAUGCAUCUCAAAAAAUGAUACAAAGGUCAAAAUAACAAUGGAUAAAAUUGAUAGAGGACAUUUGUCUUUAUUUGAUAUUUUUAAUAUGCACAUUCAGUAUAAACAGUUUAUAUUAAGUUAAAAAAAAACCUUCUUUCAUAUUAUGUAUGGUAUAUCCUUGUUACUUAUCCAUGCUGACUGAAAAUCUGCUGAUUUAACAUGCAGCUGAAAUACUCUUAAUGUUGAGGGGCUCUGCAGCUCCCCCUAGAGGCAGCAGACACAAACUGCUGUGUGAAGCGAAGAGCCAAAACAGUCAUGAGGAGUUGAGUCAUCUCCUUCUCGGACAGACUCAGACGUCAGAGAGACACUGGAGAUUUACUCCAAAGUCCCUGCAGUAAAUAAUAUUUUUAUUCUUAUUAAACGUCAACGGAUAGGUUAUUCAAAACACAAUUAGUGAGAAAGUCGCAGAGAUGAAGCUUGGCUCAAACAGUGUAUCCUCCGGGUGAGCUAAGCGAUCCCUGAACACCUAUAGGCUGUAUCAUGUGUCAAUCAAAGAAAACAUGAAACCCCUAAUAACUUUUAAAAACGGAGCUGCACAGAAAAAAGGAGGACUUGAGCACAAACCAGUCUUACUGUAACUACAUGUCAACAUCAAAAGCAGGGGGGAAAAAAGUGUAUGUUCUAUGUAAUAAAUUUCUAAAGUUUGUCCACAGCUUCAUAAGCUUUGCUGGCAAAGGUGGGAUUUAUGACCUAUACUGCAGCCCAUCAACAGAGAGUGCUGUUCUUGGAGUGGCUUCAUCCAGAGAGGAGGCAGACACUGUCAAUUCUAUAUACAGUCUAUGAUUAGGACUCAUUCAGGUCUUCGAUUUUAGACUUAUCUUGUAAGUGUGACAGUUAAAGAGAAUAUUUAGGUUCAGACAAGAGCAAAUGAUCGAUGAACACAGAAAAAUCCCCCAGUGUUUGGAGGAUGUCUCCUCAUGUCUUACCUGUGGACAUCUUCCAACAUUGACUCAUGUAUAUUUGAGCACAAGCGUAAAUCAUUUCUUUCCUUCUCUUUCUUUCUAAAGGUGAUCAUCGGGAUGACCCUCCUGUCUGGAGAUCCGUGUUUUAAAACGUGAGGUUUUUUUUAAAAAUAUUAUGUUAGAAAAGCUCUAUUCUAAUGUCAAACUGACUUCUUUAUAUAUGUUGUGGCUAAAAUGACAAACUAAUAAAUUUAUUUCAAGGUGAAAUGGAUAAGAAGUUGCAGGGCCAGUUGAUUAGACCUCAAAGUGUGAGGAUCAUUUUCUAACAUUUUUAAACAUUUACACAAGCUGAAAUAUUCCUUCUUUCACAUUAAGUGGUUGUUUACGUGCAGACUUGAUGAUCCAUGCAUUAUACAGAAACCAAAUCAAACAUGUAACCUACAGAUGUAUAACUUCGCUUUUUAUGACAAAUUUCUUCAACCUGCUUCUAGAAAGGUCAAGUGCAAUGACCUGCAGUGGUUUAUUUUUGGAGAAACAUGUUGCAAAUUCAACUUUGAUUACUGUCCAGCAUUACUGGUAGCAUACUCAUACCACUAGUGAAAGCACUCAAAACCAGAAGACAUGAUAACAGGUGUGCCCCAGGCCUGAACCUGACACUGUCAUAUCAGAGAGUGAACAGAGAAAAAAACAAACUGUGGAAACUCUAUCUAACCUGAGUGUGCAGUGUUAUCAGAUUUAUGUGGUUUGUUUGAAGUAAGUCCUGUUAUUUCCUGGUGUCCUGCUCAUUUUACCCUCUAACCUGAUUGUUAAACUGUAAUAAUAUUCCAGCUCCUCUGUCCUUUUGUUUCUGCAGUGACUCACUUUCUCUGCAGGCAGCUCCAUAAAUCUCCUCUGAGUGUGCCAAGCUAAGCAGAGCAGCCGCUCUGUGCUGCUCUAAUCUGUUCCAGGCUGAUAAGUUGUGUUGUUGUUUCUGUCCUGCAGGCCUCCCAGCACAGCCAAGUCCAUCUCCAUCCCCGGGCAAGAGCACACCCUGCAGCUGGACUGUAAGGGGGAGGGGACCGCUGAGCCAGGGCCUGCCGGGGGGGUUUCUUUGGGUCGGGCCGCCAAGCCUCGGCCCUCCAUCAUCAGCUCAGGUAUGAUUCUGGACUUAAGUUAAGACCAGCAGAGGAGACCUUUAGACUUUACCCGAGGCAACGGUUCUUACAGCAUACUGAGGGAGUGAAAGGGAACAAACUGACAGGAAAUUUAACUGCCUGCUGACCACACCACUGGAUUAACAGUGAUAAUCAAUCAAUCAAUCAAUCAAUCAAUCAUUCAAUCAAUCAAUCAAUCAAUCAAUCAAUCAAUCAAUCAAUCAAUCAAUCAAUCAAUCAAUCAAAACAAACAGAAUUUGUAAAACACCAUACAAAAUACGCUUUCCAGUUUAUUAAAAACAGUCUCACGUCCUUUCACCCAACCACCCCACCCCCACAACCAUACAACCAGCUUCAACAGUCACACACACACACACACACACACACACACACACACACACACACACACACACACACACACACACACACACACACACAAUGUACAGAUGAACCAGCUGAGAAAGUACCUGAAGUCCACUUGUUAUUGACAUAGAAAUGACAGGUCAGUGCAUAAAAGCUAAAAGUAUCCCUUUAAUAUUACCUCACUGUACCUCUGUUGUCACAAUCAGGAGUUAUCCAGCAGUCUGCUGCUGAAUGGGGCUAAACCCCUCAAAUGUGGGCACACUUAUCCUUAUGUGUAGAGACGUUCUGGAGCCUUUCAGGCACAACUAUUUCAUUUAUUAGAACAAGCUGCUUUUGCUAACUCAGUCCAGGGAGAAAACUCUGCUGUAAACUGUGAAACUGACCUUACAGCAGAGGAGAUGCUGACAGCUCAUCUCCUCCAUCAGAUGCAGAACAAAAGAAAACUGCACAGAGCUACAGGGCCUUGUGGGUUGGUUUGGUUUUGAAUGUCAUCAGUGCAGUUUGCUUUUUGGCAUGGACUCUCAGGCAAAUGAUGCGCAAUUUAUUCAUUUAUUGUGCUAGUUAUUGAACAUUCUUCUCUCAGUGUGCUCUUUUUUGGAAAAGCUGGAAAGCAUGUGAUGCAAAAAGGAAGGAAAAAUUAGGUAUUUUGUGUCUGUAAACAAAGUUUGAAUCAACUCUUUAAAAUGUUAAUCUUUAGUUUUAUCGGAGCACAAUACACAUGAUGAAGGUUUGUGGAUGAAAAGCAGUGAAGCUCCUGGAUACAGAGCCUGAGUUUAAAGCUUCUUUUCUGAGUCUUCAGUUAUUUUUGAAAAUCCAAAGUUUAGACUGAGAGCACAUGAAGCAUUCAUCACUGCUUAUUCUCAGUGUCCUGAAAUGUCGAGGAUGAAUCUAACAAACAAAAUAUAAAGUUUAGAGAGAAGUCCUCUAAGAGAUUUUCAAAUCUUCUUUUUUAAAACCGACAUGAAAACCAAGCCCAGUAAAAUGAAGAGAAAAAGACAAAAGCUGAGGAUCUGAAAACUUAUGCUGACGUGGUCUUGACACUGAAGUCCAGAUUUAUAGAAGUUGGCCAACAGAUCUCAGUCCAGAUGUGUUUUAAUUUGAUCCAAGAGAAGUUGGAUGAAGUUUAGAAAGAUCUGUUCUUCAUGCAUUUCUUGCACAUGGAAAACAAGCUGGUGAUGAUUCAGACGACUUUGGUCUGAAUAAUAAAUUAAACCUGUUUUCUAUUCUAACUUGGAGAACAACCUUAAACACUGAGGUCUUUGCAGCACCAGAGGAACUCGGUCCAAAACACCUUUUACAUGUGAGGUAAAGAGCUGAUUCUCAGCCAAGAGCUGUGAAGGUAGAAGAGUUUCUAAGGUUUUAUUACAAACUACAGGUGGGAGUAAAACGUGGCUCACAUCCAGCUGUGAGCAGAAACAUAAAGGUUGUAAACUACAGAGUAAAUGAGAAAAGAUAGUGUCAUUUCAAUUCCUGUGAAACCAGUUUAAGAGAUUUGAGAUACUGCAGAGGCUCAAAAGUUUUAUCAUAUGUUUUAACUUUUCACUUUCCUGUCGUCAGGUCUCCUUGAAGAAUCUGAAGUGAAUCAGUCCGGCUUUGCAGAGGUUUUCCAGUCUGGUCACUCUCGUAACUCCAGCUACGCCAGCCAGCACAGCAAAAUAUCAGGUACCACCUUUUUAUUUCAUCACAUAUAUUUAUUUUGUUAGUUUGUGCAAAAAAAAACCCCCAAUGAUAUCAAACACAUACGAACUGCACAGCUGGAGAGAAAGAAAAACCCAGGGCUUAUCAAAGAAGCUGAUGAACACUGAAAUAAAAGCAUCUGUAAAAUCCUGUAACAAAAAUUAAAAAAAUUUAGAUUUUCAUGAAAAUCUAAAACCAGAAAGAGACAACAUGUAAUAAACUGUACUUAAAAACAACAGCAGCAAAACAGCUCAAUUUGUUACUGGACAUUCACCUGCUCUGCUCCAGGAAGGUUAUUUCCCAUAAUGAGGACUUCAGCUCUGUAUUUUAUUGAUGCUGUAAUUCUCUUAGACUUUCCUGGGAUGUUUCCUGCCAAUUAAAGCAGACAUUGGUUCUUACUUGUUGUUUGCAUAGGAAACCAAAUGCUUCAUAUAAGUAAAAGAAAUGCAUUUACUGGAGAGUGGGUGUUUUAAGAGUAACUGUAUUUUGUGUUUAGUCCUUAAUUUACACUUUUUUUGUUGGCUUGUUUCAAAGUUUUCUCUAAAAUUCAGAUCAAUGAUACCUUUGAAUCUUCUGUCCUCCGGUUUUGUUGAACUUUUUGGUUUCUUAGGGAGCAUUAAAGAAAAUAAAGGGAUGUGUUUCUUUAGUUUCCUUAAAUGCAUUUCUUCUUUCAUGCAUUCUAAGUGCUUUUUUAAUGAGUAUGUAUUUUUCUACCCUGAUCCUGUGAGGUCUCAUGUAUCUCAUCUACUUUUGCAGAACAAAGACACCCCUUUUUGUGGAGUGAUAAAAGCUCACUUAAAGGAAUAAUGACCCUUCUGUUGUUGCAAAGAUGCUGCAGAUGAAAAACAUCUGUAUCUUCAAUAAACCCUGCAUCUUCAGCACAUCUCACCUUCGUCAUGUGCAGGUUCAGUGUCCAUGCUAAGUGUUGCUCUUCCUCCUCUGAUGCCCUUUACUCUUCAUCCCUCUGCAGGCUACAGCACCGAGCACUCCUGCUCCUCCAGUCUGUCUGACCUCACUCACCGCAGGAACACCUCCACAGGUAGCAGCACCUCAGGGGGGCUGGGCUUCACUGCUGACAUUUCCACAGAGGGAGACAAGGAUGCUGGACGUCCAGAAAGACCUCCAAGACCCCCCAGGCCUGUCCUUCCUCCAAACAGGCCCCCCAGGUACACACAGACCACAGUCCCUGAUGAAAGUGCGCUGGUCUCUUUGGAUGAUACUUAAACUCCUGCUGUCUGUGUUCUAGGAGGAAACAGGACUUGGUGGAGAAUCACCCCUCCUGGGUGAAUGACACCCGCAUAGAUGCUGACGACAUCGUGGAGAAAAUCGUCCAGAGCCAAAACUUUGCAGAUAUCAACAACACUGAAGGUACAGUGGAAGAGGAAAGGCCCCACAUCGGCAGACAGAGACAGUCUAUAUAAUGACUUUCUACAUUUUAAAACAAAGAACAUCAGGCACAGAUCCAAUCAUUGUCAUAAGGAAAAUUACUGAAUAGAUAGAGGUGUUGAUAAUGCAGCCUUUCCAACACAGGAUCUGGUUCGGUUCAGCACACUUGGUCCAGUUUGGUCCGGUAAACCCUGGUCUUGCACAACAGACUGAACCCUUUCCUGGUGCUAAAUGCAGAAAGCCUGUUGGCUGUGUAAUAGCCUUGAAACAGCUUGAGUUCUGGCGUGCAUGUGGAUAGACAGCCAGUGUGAGCAGCAAAUCUCCCUUGUUUAUGAGACAGCAUGUUUUUAAAGAGGUGAACACUCUGACUCCGUCUUUGGACAGAACUCUCCUCAGAUCUAUUUCCUUGACUUUCAUUGGCUCAAGUGUCUCCUGGUUUUUGUCAGCAGCUGCUAACCCGGUCUGUGUCUGUGUGUUUUUCAGAUAGUAACCUGCGACUGUUCGUCAGCAGAGAUGGAACCACUGCGCUCAGCGGCAUCAGGCUUGGAAACAGGUGAGAGGACGUUCUCUGCUCCUCUGUCCCUCCCGUAUUGUCUGAUUUCCCCCUUUUUUCUGUCUGUCUGUGUCUCUAUUUUCCUCUUUUUUUCUUCUGUUACUUUCACUUUUUCUUUUAUUUGUUCUUUGAAUUCUAACAUCCCCUUUCAUGUCAGUGGAAAGCCCUUUUUAUUGGAUUUUAAAAAGUGCUUAAUAAUGUUGAGUUAGUCCGACACUUACCACAACUAUUUUUCUUGCUAGAUCUAUGCCUUUUAUUGGAGGAAAAUCAUACACAUAUUGAUAAUGUAUAUAGAGUUCAAACUAUGAUACAGCUUAUGCGUGACAUCUUAUUUAUUGGAUGUAGAGUAGAUGAUAAAAAAUGACAGAAAUACCUCAGAGGGUGAGAAAAAUGCUUGUUUUCUUUCUCUCUUUGUCUUACCUGCUUGAUUUCUGUCCUAUUUUGUUGGAUUCACUAAAGGACUGCAGAGCUUUUGCACCCAUCAAACCCAUGAAAAGGAACCAGUAAGAUACAGUGUAAUCCACAGAACACGCAGCAUGAACAGAGCUGCAGAGCAAACUGCAUCUCUCUAUGUUAGUGUUGUUUAAUACAUUCGGAGCAAAUUAGACUUUUUCUGUGCAGACGAGCCUCAAUGCAAGUAACACCUGAAUCACUGACACUGAUGCUAAAAACCAGCUGAAGACAAAUGUUUAUCAUCUGUUGAGAUGUGGUGGUUAUUAAAACAACAGUACAAGGAGGAAAAAAAAAACGUGUGUGUUUGUGUGUCUAUGCAGGGUGUCUGCAGGUGGGUUCGAGCCUGUGGUGAUAGAGAUCCAUUGAACAGAGACCAGCAGACUCUGAGGAUCAUCUUGUCUUCUGUCUCAUUGGUUUUCCUGGAGCUUCAGCUGGUCUGGUGCCGUGAGGGGAGAACCUCAUCCGUUUGCACUUUAUACAAAGUUUGUGUCAGUCUGCCAGUCUGCACUCCGCUCUGAUGUUUUUUUUUAGUUUUUUUUUUAGAAGCAAUUCAGAGUGAAAAAACGCCCAACGCACAACUUUUAUUUUCCCCUGAUUGAAGAUACUGACAACAAAUUUACCCAUGUGCCCCUGAUCUGUUGGUUAAUAUGUGAACUCUGAUUUUUAUUGAACAUCGAAGAUCAUCUGAAGUAAAAGGAACAAAGUGAAGCAUCUAAAGACUCAAAUUUGUGUAUUUGGUUGAUUAUUUUUUGAGCAUCAAAUUUUUAUUUAAAUAUUAAUAUGACACUAGCUGGAUUAUUUUGCGAGUUCUGUGUUUAAACCUCUGAAUUUCUUCACGGUUCAAAUGUACAUCUUUUAAUAGAAAGUCUUAAUUUUGACCCGUGGGCUCCCACUGAUGGGCAGCACACCUAACACUGAAUGAGAAAAAGAGUUUGAAGCCACUGAGCAGUUGCGAAGGUGCAGAAACUCUGGAUGGUUUUGUUUGAAGCUGCUCCCUGUUGAUCGGGGAAAUGCAGCAGAACCUCUUAGUGCCUGUAAAGUUUCUCUUAAAUGAGCCGAAAACACCACAGAGUGCUGGUGACGGUGAGGAGGGAAAUCUUGUCUUUCUGUUUGUUUUUUUCUGCUCUUAGUGCAGGUGGAGCUGAUCUGAAAACCCCACUGUUCCUCCCAGCGUGCCUUGCUGCACUGAAGAGUGGAAAUGAUCAGAUGAUUUCAGCCUUUAGAUGUUAGAAUUAAAAUGUGAGCUCAGCUGAAAACACUGGCUCUGUGGUACAAACUGUUCUGCUUUUACUUUCAGUCAUAGUGAUGGACGCAUUAAAGGAAUUUGUGCAGCAGCUGUGACUGUUACAAUCUCUGUCGCCCCCUGGUGGAGCGUCCUGCUAGUAUUUCUUUUCUGCAGAAGUCUGCGCUCUUCUUGGUUUUAGUUUGUUUUCAGAUGAACAAACACCAAAGAGGCAGGAAAGGGGAAGUUUAUGUCACUCUGACAAACACAGGAGAGGACUUUUUAUGUCAGCAACCAGCUGGCUGGUUGUUGUUGUUUUUUUUUUUUGUUUAAGAGGCAAGUAGAAGCUCUGGAUGGAGGGAUGUUUGUCAUGUAAAGAGUUUUGAAAACACACGUGUGUGUGUGUGUGUGUGUGUGUGUGUGUGUGUGUGUGUGUGUGUGUGUAAAACAGCCAAAAAGAGAUGACGGCCCUUUUUUAGACACAGGACAUUUAAUUUUUGUAAAAUGUUUGAGUUAAGUUACUAAAUCAGGUUUUUUACUGCAAGAUGAGUCCAGUAAAUGCUCUGACUCAAAGUAUGCAGGAAGUGGUAGUUACAAUUUGAAUCCAGGGAAACAACUCAUAGUCCUACUUUCAUCUAAACAUGAGUACAAUAUUGAAUUAGAUUACGUUUAUAGUCAUAUAGACUGAAAAAAAGCAGCAUGUUGGUUUUUUGAGCUGCGUGAUGAUUAAUAAUGUAUCAAACACAAACUGAGAGUAUUUUUAGCUGUUUUUGCCUCUUCUACAAAAAGAAACCUGUUUUUAUGAAUCUGUGUUCUCCAUUUGUUUUUCCUGUCUCAUUGUCUCUUGUCUCUCUCUCACUAUGCUGGCUGAAUCCAGCUCUCUAUAUUAGUUGCACAUCUUGUCUUUACACUACUCUGCCUUUGUGUUUAGUUUAUGCGUCACCUGGUUUCUCACACACUUGGGGAUGAACCACUGUCAGUUUGGUCUGAGUUUGGGUUUACGUCACCGCAGCCUUUAGUAUUCUUUAAAGCAUUUAUUUAUAUUUUUGUUGUGUAUUCUUUUUGUCAGGAGGUUUGCUAUAAGCUACGCACACAAUUCACCUCCUCCAGCUUUUUUCUAUUAGUAUAUCUAACAAAUAAUUCUAUUGUAACAAAGCUAGUAUAACCUUAAAUUAGAGGGUAAAGAUGGAGCUUUUGGUCCAAUAAACACUUUUGUGGUUUUUCUGCAGAAAUGCCAAUAAAAAAUUAAUCAAA